UUCCCGCGGCUGAGGGCGGGCGGCGCAGCCGCGAUGGUGGCGGCGUGAGGCGGCGGGGCUGGCGGCUGCUCCUGCCCUCCGCGCGGCCCGGGCCGGGCAUGGAAGUGGAGAAGAUGGAUGAGAAUGAAUGGAAGUACCACGGGGAAGGCAACCAGAGCCUCGUCGUCUCGCACUGCCAGCGCUGUGUGGUGCUACGGUUUCUGAAGUCCCCCCCCAACCAGAAUAAGACUCCAGAGGAAAUACUACACCAUCUGCAAAACAUCGUGGACUUCGGAAAACAUGUGAUGAAGCAGUUCUUUGGGGAGAACUACGUUCACCAUGGGGAAAUUAUUCAACUGCCUUUAGACUUUGUAAGACAGCUCUGUUUGAAAAUCCAGCCAGAGAGGCCAGAGUGUCGCUGUGACAAGGACAUGGACACGCUGAGCGGUUACGCGAUGUGCCUUCCCAACCUGACCCGGCUGCAGCCCUUCCGCUUCGCCGAGCACCGGCCCAUCCUCUGCAUCGAGAUCAAGCCAAAGUGUGGCUUCAUUCCUUUUUCCAGCCAUGUUUCACAGGAGAUAAAGCACAAGGUGUGUCGUUACUGUAUGCAUCAGCAUCUAAAGGUAGCCAAUGGAAAAUGGAAGCGACCAAGUAAAUAUUGCCCAUUGGAUCUCUUCUCAGGAAAUAAACAAAGAAUGCACUUUGCUUUGAAGAGCUUAUUACAGGAGGCACAGAACAACUUGAAAAUAUUUAAGAACGGGGAACUAAUUUAUGGCUGCAAGGAUGACCAGGACUGUGUCUCUGACUGGAAUGACCUUGCUCGUCACUUGAAGCCUUUCUUUUUCCCCUCCAACGGGCUGGUGAGCGGCCCCCACUGCACAAGGACAAUUGUUAAGGAGCUGAUCCACGUGAUCACCAUGGCGCUGCUGAGCAGCACCGACUCCUGCAGGGCAGGCCACAUGAAGACAGUUCCCAUUUCACAAGGGAGGAGCUACUGUGAAGCAAGUGCUUUUAACAAGGAGCUCGUGAGAAAUGGUAAACAUAAGUUGGAAAGCUCUGGUUUACCGAGGGGUUGUCUCCUUUAUAAAACCCUUCAGGCUCAGAUGCUUGACAUGCUGGAUAUUGAAGGACUCUAUCCUCUGUACAGUAGAGUUGAACAGUACUUGGAGGAAUUUCCUGAAGAGAGAAGUACAUUACAGAUAGAUGGACCUUACAAUGAAGCGUUUUAUGAGAAGCUGCUGGACCUUUCCCUGGAAGAUGAUGGGACAGUGGCAUUUGCAUUAACAAAGGUGCAGCAGUACAGAAUAGCAAUGACUGCUAAGGACUGUUCCAUCAUGAUUGCCCUUUCCCCCUGCCUGCAAGAUGAAUGCUCUGAGCAAAGACCUGUGGUACUGACAUCCAAGUCCAGAUUCACCUUCUCUGUUUCUGUGCUGGACCUGGACCUGAAGCCCUAUGAAAGCAUCCCCCACCAGUACAAACUCGAUGGUGAAAUAGUCAACUAUUACCUGAAAAAUGUACAGGCCAAAGAGGACCCAGUUAUGUCCAACCUCUUCAAGGAGAAUGAAGACUGCACAUUAGUUCUCCAUAAAGUGUAACCAUUCCCUUAAGGUUAUUUUUAUUCAAACACAUGAGAAAGUGAAAGAUUAUUGGAAUACAGUUAUGGUGAUUUUUUUUUCUUUUCUAUUGUGUUCAGUGCAUUUUUCAGCUGUGAAUGUUUUUGCUUUAUGAAAUGAUUUUUAAUGGGUAAUGCCUUCUCAGAGACCUGGGAUAGCACUAAGCCACAUGUUUGCUAGAUAACCUUAAUGAAUGUAUUUAAUGUGACAGAACAGGUAAUGUGCCAUACCUUGGAACUAGAGGACAGAUCAAAUUAAUUUGAAAAUCCUUAGAAUUGAAAGAGCACAGAAUUAAAGGUUUCCUGAAGUAUUGCACUAACAUAGAAAGCCUAAUUACUAACAAGAGAUUUACCUUGGACCCUGUGCUUUGAGUCUCCCUCAUCCCUACUAAGGGAGGGAAUGCUCUGGCAAAUCCUGUACAACACUUUAGCAUUAAUCCACUGGAAAUUCAACCAUGCAGUGGCUGCUCUGUGGGACUGCCCUGGCACUGCAGAACAUUUAAGUACUAAUGCAUGGACUAGGAACACCAGGCUGCCUCCAGAAGUUGUGUGAUCACCUUGUAUCUGCCUAAAGCUUCUGAAACAAAGUGCAAAGGGUUAAGGUAAGCAACCUUGAGUUUUACAUGAUAGUUGGGCUUAACUCACCUGCCAUGCUGGUUUUUAUUGUCUCUGUACACUAUAUGCUGCUAUUGGAGGUGAAACCACAGCUUGCUCUUGCCUGAUUUAAAUUGAGCUAUAAGAAGAAUAUGCUCUGAGUUUUACAGGUCAUUUCAGGUCUUUCAGGAUGUGUCAAACAUUGGCACUAUUACACUGAUGCCCCACACACUGCAUAGCAUGAGCAGCUGCUUUCAGGCUCUUGUGCUGUAAAUGACACAGGAAAAAGGUGACAGAACCCCAUUUUCUUCCCUGCAGCUGCAGUGGGUCAGUCUUGUGCCAGGGUGAGCUUGUGCCAGUGCUGCAGCUGAAGGCUGGGGAGGUGCUGCAGCAAAGCCAUCCUUGGGGAAGAUCCUGAGCUGGACCUGAAGGGUAUGGCCAAACCUGAGGGUGAAUGAUAAAAUCUGCAGCUCUGUUCCCCUCAAGGCUUACACCCCCUGAAUGGUGCAGAGCUACUCCUUCAGCCCCAGUGAACAGCUCUUACCUGGAUACAGCCUGUGCCUACCAGCAAUGGUGUUCAGGGUGUAGGGAGAGGUUUAUAUUGGGACCUCAGUGUAACCUUUAAAUUGUUCCACUUUACCUGAAAUUCAAAAAUAGCACCCCCUCUACCUUGGCACAACUGAAGGAAGAAAUGUGAAGCACAGAGCCACCACUGUCCCUGUGCCAGAGACCUGAACUGGCAGUGAUGGCACCCAGUGCCAGGAGCCCUUCUGGGGCAGGCCUGAGCUGUGAGACUACAAGAGUGCAAUGAGGUGACAGCUGACAGCAGGAAUAACCCCUUCUUCCCAAAGAAAACCUGGAGCAGGAGAGCUCCUUAUAAAUCCAGAAACCCUCCAGCUAUUAGAAAGAGGAGGAAGGAAGGACCCUGCACAGCUGGGAAGUUUCCAGGUUUUUAUGCUGUAACUUUACACACAUUUCAUCUGCAAACAGCAGUGUCUGUGCUGAGCAAACAGUUUAAUUUUAAGGCAAGGAGGAGGAAGCUAAAGAUUAAUUGAAGGUUACACAAAACUGGCUCAACCAGUUCCAUGUCAGUGGACAAGUAGGAAGGAAUGUUGCCUGUGUACUGGAUUCCAAGCUUGAAAUGAGCCUGCCUCAUCUAACAAGAUAGAGCUGCCAUCCAUUCAUCAAAACCCAAUGUCUGGUGUUGCUCAGAGUCUGGCAGAAACCAGGCUCUGGUCUGUCAGUUUUUCCUAACCUACCAGAACAGUGGGAGACAAUUUCAGUGAUUAAAUAGUGGAUUAUUACCUUUAUGGGAUGUUGCUUUAGUUCAGACUUCACCUCUUUCUCACUGCUGCAUGGAGUGGGUGGUUGUGCUGCCAGGGGCUGCAGCAGCUCUGGCCUUGGAAAGGAGGGCUCCUCCUGCCCCAGGAGAGCCCAGAGCUGGUGGGUUUGGGCUCCUGGUCCCAGGAACUGUUACUCCCCACCUGAGAAGUACCCGACCUUCAGUCACAUCAGUUUGGUUGGGGUGCAGUGCUAGUGCAGAGCAGGAACUCCUGGAAACACUGAGAAUUCCCUGGUGGGCUUAUGGCACAUCUGAUGGAAGUGAAGGGAGAGGCAAGACAUUUGUCUGAUCUGUUUUAUUUCUUCAGGGAUGAAUGUGUGAACGGUGAUGCUUUGCUCAUGUGUUGCCAGGAUUUCCUCCUGGAAGUCAGAAAUGCAAAGGAAGUGCUGCAGUGGGCAGGAGGGGACUGGCUCUCCUGUUCCCAGGGGUGUCACGGGCCUCUCUGGGUUAGCUUAACUCUGUCUCAACACACAUUGUGGAACAAAGUUACUUCAUACAGUUACCUUUGGCUUUUUUAGCAUUGUAUGUCUUUGAAAUCUUCAAAUUGUCUUCUUCUACCCUAAUUUAAUGAGAAAGCUGUUUAACUCUUUGUUCUAGGAGUCUCUUACUGUUCUUUUGUCAUUUUAAAAUCACUGUACUUUUACAGAGCUGUGAAAUGAAUUGGAUUUUUAUGGACUUGAUUUUGACAGUGCAUGAUCUUUUAACAAUUUCCAGGUAUCUAGAAAAUGUUAAGAAGAUAAACCACUCUGGUACAUUAAUGAUUCAGAAAGAUAAAUUUAUAAUGAAAUCACUCUGUACAUGUAACUAUUUUAUUUGGCAUUUUUGUAUUUAAAUGGCUGUAUUUAUUUUCAUGUCAUGACAAUUUAUAUAUAACGUGCCAUAAUUGUACAGAUAGCAUGUUUUAUGAGUAUGGUUUCUAAAUGGAAAAUAACUUAAUGUUUAUAUUCAAUAAAAUUACAGACUGUGUAACACAAUAUCUUAAUUAAAACUACUUUUGAAAUUGC